CACCGCCCUCCCCAUUUAUAUAGGAGUCCAAUUCCUCCCCCUCUAAAAUCCCCAUCUCAGGGGGCAGAGAGCAAUUGGGAAUUGGAAUCGGGGAUUGAAUUCUGGAAUUGGGAUUAUUCUCUUCCCCUUUCCUCUCCUCUCCUCAGCUCACCAUGUUUAACCCCGAGGAUCAGGUUACUGCAGAUAAAGUGAAUGAUGCAGCCUGCACACAUUCAAGGAGAACAACAACAAAAGUACCUUUAUCCCAGCCCUUUGUGGGUAAUGGUUUUCCGGAUUUAGUUACCGCCUUAGACUCUGAGAAAGCAGCUCAUGAAUUUCUUCAACAACCACCUGUCAGGGCAGUUGAUGACCAUCUUAUCGAGUUUUCAGAGGCUAUGAGAACUGUGGCAAAGGCGUUGAGGCGAGUCGCAGAAGGAAAAGCUGCAGCUCAAGAAGAAGCAGCUGAGUGGAAACGCAAAUACGAAUUGGAGAGAGCACACAAUCUGCGUCUUAAUCAUAUAGCACCAGUAGCUGAGGUUUGUCACUGCACUUCCGACAAUGAUAAGUGUGUGAACCAAUUGGAUCAAUCCAUGGUACCAAAUCCUGUUAGUGACCAAAGUGACAGAUGUUGUGGAAAGCAUGGAAUUUGUUCACACGAGAUUCUUGGGGAUGAGGUGGCAGAGCCCAUAGAACGCACAUUGGCUGCAAAAAAGGCAUCAUUUAGGCUUGCUUGGGGAUGCAAUGGUGAGAAAAGUGGUCAGCACAAGCAUGAAAUUGUUUCCUUUGAAAAAGGGAACAUAACCACUGCUGAACGCAGCAGUAAGCAGAUUUUACUGAAGUGGGAAUCCCAGCCAAAGAAUGUGCUUAUAUUGACCAAACCAAAUUCAAAAUCUGUUCGUGCUCUCUGUGCUGCUAUGGUCAGGUGGCUGAAAGAAGAAAGGAGCAUGAAUGUUUUUGUUGAGCCCAGAGUGAAGAUUGAACUUGUCACAGAAGCCUUGGAUUACAACUUUGUUCAGACGUGGGAAGAUGAUGACGAAAUAAGGCUUCUGCAUACAAAAGUUGAUCUUGUCAUAACUCUUGGUGGAGAUGGAACUGUUCUUUGGGCUGCAUCUAUGUUCAAAGGACCAGUCCCUCCUGUUAUCUCAUUUUCCUUGGGAUCGUUGGGAUUUAUGACCCCUUUCCAUAGUGAACAUUAUCGGGACUCCUUAGAUUCGAUAUUCAAGGGACCUAUUAGCAUUACUUUGCGUAAUCGUCUGCAAUGCCAUGUUAUUCGAGAUGCAGCUAAGAAUGAACUGGAGACUGAGGAUCCCAUUCUAGUCCUAAAUGAAGUAACUAUAGACCGUGGAAUAUCAUCGUACCUCACUUAUCUGGAGUGCUAUUGUGAUAACUCCUUUGUCACAUGUGUACAAGGAGAUGGAUUGAUUUUAUCAACAACUUCCGGAAGCACAGCAUACUCACUGGCAGCUGGAGGAUCAAUGGUUCAUCCACAGGUUCCCGGAAUCCUCUUCACACCAAUUUGCCCACACUCUCUAUCGUUCCGACCUCUGAUACUGCCAGAGUACGUGGCAAUUAGGGUUCAAGUGCCAUUCAACAGCAGAGGACAGGCAUGGGCAUCAUUUGAUGGCAAAGACAGAAAACAAUUGGCUCCGGGCGACGCUCUCAUCUGCAGCAUUGCACCGUGGCCGGUGCCCACUGCUUGCCAAGUCGACUCCACCAACGACUUCCUUCGAAGCAUCCACGAAGGCCUCCAUUGGAAUUUGAGGAAAAGCCAGUCUUUUGAUGGUCCCCGUGAUUAGUAAACUGAGAGGAAUGUAGAAAAUCAUAUCUGGAGGCAGGAUGAUUUGACACGUGUCCCUUGUUUACUGCUACGCUCGGCUAGCUGGUGGGUUGCUUGCUUCUGUACGUAAUGAAUGUUGUUGUAAAAGAAAACCAAUAGAUGUAUAGCAUGCAAAGAAGUAGUUACUGAUCAAGCAAGCAGAGUGUGAGAGAUCGCUAUCAUUAUUAUUAUGAACUCUUAAGAUGCUACUAUAAAAGGAAUGAGUUAAAAAGCUUCUGUA